CUACGUUCAUAUUAUAUUUAAACCUUUAUCAGUUUUCUAGUUAUCAGUUAGUAGCAUCAGUCUUGCAUCCGAUUUGUGCAACACUUUGUGUACCUAUAGCAAUCCCAAGCUGAUUCGCAGCUAACGUUGACAAGAAAAUGAGGGCACACUUAUUUCUGAUUCUUCUAUUAAAAAUAAUAAGCAAUGUGAGCGGUUAUGAAAUUUUAGUAGUUUUCCCGAGUCCAGUUCCAAGCCAUUAUAUCUUAGGAAAUGCAUUAGCGAAAGGUUUAGCCAAUGCCGGACAUAGUGUUACUAUGGUGAGCGCAUUUGAAGAGAAAGAUCCACCAAAGAACGGUAGCUACAAAGAUGUAGUCCUAACUGGAAUUAUUGACAUGAUGAAAGAUUUGAAUGUACCUCAAUGGAUGGAGUUUGGAGAAAUGAACCCAAUAGAAAUAAUUUAUCGUACUUUCACUCCUGGAAAUGCCAUUACUAAUUUUACAUUGAGACACCCAAAUUUUCAGAAAUUACUAAACUCCGGUAAAACCUUCGACGUCAUAAUUUUGGAACAGUUUGUAAAUGAUGCCCUUAAAGCCUUAGGUUGUCAUUUCAAUGCUCCUGUUAUACCUCUAAGCACAUGUACACCCAGCAUGUGGGUAAACUUACCGUCUGGUAAUCCAGAAGUGCCGUCGUAUGUGCCAGACCUUUAUCAAGAUUUCCCUACAAGAAUGAAUAUUUGGCAAAGAGGAAUGAAUAGCUUAUUUAUAGUUGCAAGACGAAUUAUGAAUGAUUUCAUAUUUUUACCGGUACAGGAGGAGUUCGUGAAUCAACACUUUCCUCAUUGUGCGAAAGGUAGGGAUUUUUUAUACAACGUCUCACUCACACUAGUUAACCAUCACGAAUCUAUUAAUGACCCAAGACCUUUGGUACCAAGUAUGAUAGCGAUUGGAGGUUUUCAUAUUACUCCCCCGAAAAAGUUACCUAAGGAACUGCAGAUAUUCCUGGAUGAAGCCAAAGAGGGAGUUAUAUAUUUCAGUGUGGGUAGCAAUGUUAUGCCUUCGUCUCUCGGUAAUGCCACCGUAGAAGCCAUCAUAAACGCUUUAAAGAAAAGGAAGGAAAAAGUACUUUGGAAAUGGGACGACAGUGUGUUUUCAAGUAAACCUGCCAACUUUAAAGUCGGGAAGUGGUUUUCUCAACAAGACGUCUUGGCUCAUCCAAACGUAAAACUGUUUAUUACACAUGGUGGUCUAUUGAGUCUUCAAGAAGCCGUGUACAAUGCAGUUCCGGUUUUAGUUUUACCCAUUUUUGCGGAUCAGUUUAGAAAUGGAAUUUUAGUAGAAGAAAAUGGAUUGGGCUUAGAUCUACCAAUUCGAACAGUUACUGAACCAGCGUUGGUUGAUAAAAUCGAUAGGAUACUAAGUGAUUCAAAAUAUAAAGCAAAUAUGCAAAAACGAUCUAAGCUAUUCAGAAGCCGACCUGUUAAUCCGUUGGAUUUAGCCAUUUACUGGGUGGAAUACAUAGCCGAAAACAAAGGAGCGCCGCAUUUGAAGGUGCAAUAUUUAAACAUUGAAUGGUACAAAAUCUUGUUAUUAGACGUGAUAGCGUUAUUUAGUACAAUUGCACUAAUUGCAGCUGCAAUUGGUUUUUUUAUUUUAAGAAAAUUUCUAAAAAUGUUGUUAGGAAGUAAAGAAAAAGUUAAAAAACAAUAAAAAUAUAGUUAAAAAAU